AUGUCUGACGAACGCCGUCCCCGAUCGCGCUUCGACAGCGACGAUGGCGAGCGCCCUGCACGCUCGCGCUUCGAUACAGACCGUCGCUCUAGGUCGCCGUCGCGAAGGGAGUCCGAGUCGCAUCGCGCCCGUAGCCCUGUCGCCCGUGAAGGCACAGACAGCCCUGCAUCGUCCAACUUCAAGAACGACGCUGCUGCGAGGGCGGCGGCUGCGGCUGCCAGGAUCAACGCGCAGAUUCAGGCGAAGAAGGGCAUCCAGCAUGUCGACGUGCCACCUAUUCGCUCUGCCGCUACUCCUCCAGUCGCCAAGUCGCCUGCCUCCAACUCCGCAGCGGCCAUAAACAACGAGACGUACCAGCAGGAUGGUGACUACAUCAAAGACAUUGAGAUCAAUGAUCUCCGUAACCGCUAUACACUGACCAAAGGAGCUACACAAAAGAGGAAUACCUGCUUAUACAUGCAAGAUGUAACCACUCGCGGAGAAUACUACCCUGACAAGAACAUGGCAACUGCUACUAACCCGCCGCUGUACCUCCGUAUUACUAGCACCUCCAAAGAAGGCCUGGACAAGGCUGUAGAAAUGAUCGAGGAGAUGAUGAAAGAAGACCUUCCUAACCUGGUAGACGAACGUCGCUUCCGUCGUAGGGAGCCCGAGAACUUUGAGCGCGAUGAGUUUGGUCGACGCAAGUGGCCCGAAGAGAAGAUCUCUGUAGGUCUCGAGCCCAUUAGCGGCUUUAACUUGCGCGCACAGGUUGUCGGUCGCGGUGGCGAUAACGUCAAAUUCAUCCAGCAGGAGACAAGCUGCAAGGUCCAGAUCAAGGGUCGCGGUUCUGGUUUCAUGGAACCAAACAGCGGCCAGGAGAGCGACGAGCCCAUGUAUCUCCACAUCGCUGGACCUCGUCCUGAAGGUGUAGCUCAAGCGAAGCAGCUUUGUGAAGAGCUCCUCGAGAAGGUAAAAUCGGAUUACCACGCGUACAAGGAGCGCCCACCACCCAACCGUUACGGCGACCGAGAUGGCUAUGGUGGCGGACGACCCGGAUACGGUGACCGUGGUGACCGCGAUCGCAGCCAGAGCUACGGAUAUGGUGGAGGAAGCGGCGGGGGCGGUGGCUACGGCGGUGGUGGCUACGGCAGUCAGGGAGGUCACAACGGUUACGGCGCACAAGAGACUAUCAUGUCCCCUGCUGCUGCUACACCGACCGCUGAUACCAACCAACAAGCCUUUGACGCGAAUGCUGCACAAGCAUGGAUUGCUUACUACCAGCAAAACCCAGAGGCUGACCCUUAUGCUGCGUAUGGUGGGUAUGCGGCGUAUCUCGCACUUCAGCAACAGCAGUACGCUGCGUACUACGGCCAGACUGGUGCUCAGACUGGUUAUGGACAGACACAGUCUCCAGCUCCCGGUGCUGGCGCGGCUGCACCACCUCCGCCACCACCUUCAGAACCUGCUUCUGGCUAUGGCUCUGCUCCGCCGCCGCCUCCACCAGCUGCAUCGCCCUCCAACUACGGAGCGGUCCCCCCACCUCCUGGCUUGUAA